UCUCCCUAUGCUCCAAAGACGUGCUUUCCCAUGCUGGUAUAUGUUGCCCCCGUGAAGCGCUAACUGCUUUGAGCAGCUGCCAGCAGCAUUGGAGGGGAAAUUGAAAGCAAGAAAGAAAUACCACCUCAGCUUGUCCAACUCCACCACUCUCCUCUGCUGCACUCCAUCUUCCUCCGUCGCCUGCCCAACAUGUCCUCCUUCAAGGCCUCCUCGCGAGUCCUUACCUCCUUCACAUGUCAAGCCUGCAGGCGGCCGAGCGUCGCCGCCGCCGCCAUCACGCAGCUUCCCCCCGCCGCCUACCGCGCCCUCUCCAACGAAGCACAGCAAAAGCUGCUCUCCUCCCACCUCAAGCAAGCCGACCCGGCCGUCUUCGACAUCAUCCGCAAAGAGACGCGCAGGCAGAAGCACUUCAUCAACCUCAUCCCCUCCGAGAACUUCACCAGCCAGGCGGUGCUCGAUGCGCUGGGCAGCGUGAUGCAGAACAAGUACUCCGAAGGCUACCCGGGCCAGCGCUACUACGGGGGCAACGAGUUCAUCGACGAGGCGGAGCGGCUGUGUCAGGCGCGCGCUCUGGAGACGUUCGGGCUGAAGGAGGAGGAGUGGGGCGUUAAUGUGCAGCCUUUGAGUGGUAGCCCGGCGAACUUGUAUGCGUAUUCUGCGCUGCUGAAUGCGCACGACAGGAUUAUGGGCUUGGAUUUGCCGCAUGGUGGGCAUUUGAGUCAUGGGUAUCAGACGCCAACGAAGAAGAUUAGUGCGAUUUCGAAGUACUUUGAGACGCUGCCGUAUCGGUUGGACGAGAAGACGGGGUUGAUUGAUUACGACAAGCUUGAGGAGAUGGCUAUGCUUUAUCGACCACGGAUCAUCAUUGCAGGCACAAGUGCCUACAGCCGACUCAUUGACUACGCCCGGUUCAGAAAGAUUGCAGACAAGGUGGGCAACUGCUACUUGCUCAGCGACAUGGCGCACAUCUCCGGUCUGGUAGCCGGCGGCGUCAUUCCCUCUCCAUUUGAGUACUCCGACGUGGUGACCACCACUACGCACAAGAGUUUGCGCGGGCCGCGAGGCGCCAUGAUCUUCUUCCGACGUGGUGUGCGGCGAGAGGACGCAAAGGGCAAUAAGGAAAUGUACGAUUUGGAGAACCCGAUCAACUCAUCCGUCUUCCCCGGACAUCAAGGCGGACCGCACAACCACACCAUCACCGCGCUGGCCGUUGCUCUGCACCAGGCGCAGCAGAAGGAGUUCAAAGAGUACCAGCGACAAGUGCUGGAGAACGCAAAGGCUCUCGCCGCCCGGCUCGGAGGGGACAAGGCGAGCGACGGGCUGGGAUACAACGUCGUCAGUGGCGGCACAGACAACCACUUGGUUCUCGUAGAUCUCAAAGACAAGGGCAUCGACGGGGCGCGUGUGGAGCGCAUCCUCGAGCUCGUCGGCGUCGCGGCCAACAAGAACACCGUCCCGGGCGACAAGUCGGCGCUGAAACCCGGUGGCCUGCGCAUGGGCACGCCGGCCAUGACGACGCGCGGCUUCGCGGCCACGGAUUUCAAGCGCGUGGCGGAUAUUGUGCAUCGCGCUGUCAACAUCACCAAAAUGCUGGAGCCGAAGGCCAAAGAGGCGGCGGAGAAGAGCGGACGCAAGGCCCCUGGCGGCGUGCCGGCUUUCCGGGAGUACGUACGGGAGGGUGAGGAGGUGGUGGAGAUUAUUGAGCUGAGGCGGGAGGUGGAGGACUGGGUGGGCACGUUUUCGCUGCCGUGGGACGAGACUUCGUGAAAAGGGGGCCAAAGAUGAGGUGUGAGGGCAUCAGCGUGGGUGUUUCGGGGCCGGAGUCGGAUUUAGAUCUGGGUUGGUGUCGAGAGUUCAUUCAACACGUGGGCAAAAAAGGAACAAUACCCUGCUGAUAUGAUUGUGUUGAGGCUCGCGCUUCAUUCACUGUUGCUUGGCCGAUGAAACUUUC